AAUUAAAAAAAUUUUCAUGUUUAGUUUUAAUACAUACGAAAAAUGGCUAUCUUUGUGUAAUCAUUUAAAAUUGAGAAUUGAAAAUGAACUAAAUGGAUCAAAAUCAAUUAGAGAGACUAUGUACAUACCACGAGAGAAAACAAAAAAUGAUUUAAGAGCUCAAAACGAUAAUGUUGAAUUCUCACUUCGCAAAAGAAUUUAUGAAACUGAAAGAAUAAAAAAUGAGUUAGAAUGGCAAAAGUUAAAUAUGCAAAUAGACAAAGACAAGUUUUUGAAAGAAAUUGAAAAUUUAGAAUAUGCUUUAGAUAGCAAACUUAAUUCUAAAAAAAUAGCUGAAACUCGUUGUGAAGAAAAAUUAUACAGAAGAGGAGCAGAACGAUGUAUAGAUAAACCAACAGUUGAAUUGCAUAAAGAAAUCUUUCAACUUUAUAAUACAACUCAAAAUUUAGCUGAUAAAUUAAAUAAGUCUAAGGAAAUUUAUAAUACUCUUAACAGACAAGUCGAUUUAAUCGACGAGGAACUAAAAAACAAAUCACACGCACUUAGUGUUGACGAGAAAUGCUUACAAUAUAGAUCACAAUUAAUUAAUCAUAUAUUGUAAUUUAUUUUUAAACAAUGAAUUAUAGAUUUUUACAAAUAAUUUUUCAUGUAAAAAGUUAAUUCCU